AAAUUUACUUUGUAGCUGUAUGAAAUCGAAUUUUAGGUGCAGGUUCGAAAGUCUAUCUCCUUUAUGAAGGCCAUUGACUUUUACGAUCAUGGUCGAAUACCCGCUUUGACUAAUCACUGGCUGGCUCAGUUACUGCAAUGAAUGUCUGACAGUCUCUCAAUUUAGGAACAGUCUAGUUUAGUUUGUGACAAUUUUAAUAAUUGCUAAAUGUAGUCAUCCAUCAGAAGUACGCUAUCAUUGUUCCUGGAUUUAGCUCAGUGAUUGUCCUGUGCAGUCAUGAAGUGCGUAAUAGCUUUCGGUGCUAUGAGCGAGGUCUGGUUUCUGUGGUCAGAUCCCGAGUUCUCGGAACACAUGAGAAGCCGUGCAAUUGAAAACGGAUAUCAUCAAGCGAGUGAAGGGUGGUCAUGGAAAGCUGAACUUGAUGCUACCACACAGUUUUUCAUUCCCAUAUGCCAGUCUCAGACCGUCCUUGUUGAUGUUGGCAACAGCUACUCAUCGAUGACUUGCAAAAAUGGAUUCAAGCUAGUCUUUCACCAGUUCUCGGAGAUGAAGUGUAUGGCUGUGAAUGGUGAUGGGCAGGAAUCUGUUGAUUUUCUUGUCAGAAAGCUACAUGUCUUCCAACGCCUUGUCGGAUUGCAUUUUGGGCCAGCAGUUGAAGAGUUGAAAAACUGUGAUCGUUCCAAGCAGCGUGCCCUUUGGGAGACUCUUGGGCAUGAGUUGAAUACUUGGGCACAUCUCUAUGCAACUGAGCAAGCAUUUCUUGUGGAGUGUAUUGAACGCGUUCAAGUUCGCCAGGAGCUCAAUGAGAUGUGUAUUGGACUACUAGAAGCUGCCUUGGACCGUGCUCACAGUGACUUUGACCGGAAUGUUGUUCAUGGCUGGUUACUGGUUGACACAAAGUUACUGGCAUUGUUUUCUAGUCGCAAUGCCCCGGAACUUCACUCACCGGAUCUCCUGCUUAUCACAGCAUUGGUGAAAAGUCGCUUUCUGUACAACAGCAGUGAGAUUGACACAGCACCCAACACAGCCGAUGUGUCUCAGACUGUAUCACCACGCCCCUCAUCCACCUCAUCAGAGCAUUCUGAUCACCAUCUCACACCAUCGCCAUCGCCAGAUCCAGACUAUACACACGAGCUAUCUCCGUCUCCGGACAAUUUCUAUUCGCCCAUCUCAUCACCAGUCGCAGUGCCACCUGAAAGUCCUGUUGUCACUGACAAAGAAAGUGACUUCUAUUCACCUGCAAGCCACCCUGCCACACCAUACAGUGCGUGCCAUCGCUCCUCACGGACUAGCUCAGACGCUGAAACCAAUCCCGAAGCAUAUGCUGCUGGUUUCCCUGGCCAGACUCCAUCAUUUCAGACUCCUCGCAGUCGACCGGGCAGUGGUAUACUGCAUUCCACUCCACAGAAAACACCCCCACCAGUUGUUGAAGAGCCACCGUCACCGUUUGAUGAUUUGGAUGACAUUACCGCUGAGGCACUCCUCAUUCCGCCGGCCAGCCAGCCGAAAGUCGAUGUCAAGCAGACGUUCAGUGACCUGGUGUUCUUGCGUACAGUGGCAUGCCCGUACUCACCACACUCUCUGCACUGCACACGCAUUCUUCCUGGCACUGUUCUUGUCAUCGUCAGUACCUGUCAACGUAGCCAAGUGGCCGGGUUGAUUUGCCAAUCUCUUGCCAAACUGCCAUCAGCAGAGACGCCAGUGUCAGCCAUUCUAGACCCAGCGCGCUCAAGUGCACGUCUUGUUGUGGAGCUGCUAGAAGGCAAUGUCAGGCGCAUUGCUGACCUCCUCCGCCGCUCAAAGGACCCUGUGAAGACCAUGUGCAAGAAUAUUGCCAGGCAGUUUGAGCGCCUGAAGAAGUGCAAUCUUCAGAAGUUCCUGGAGCUCAAUGGUGAACUUCCAGAAUUGGAAUUGUCCAGACUUGACAGUUCAUCAACAACACUGGCCACAUCUCUGCGAGACCUAUUUCGACAUCUCUUCUGUGUAAACAAGACCAGUGCUACUGUGAAGCAGCGUCAGCAGGUGUGCAUGGAUGAAAUCCGUGUGACAUUGCACGACAAGCUGAAGGACUGGCACAUGUUUCUCACCACCAAGGCGUUGCGUAACAUACCCAUGACUACGUACUGGAAAGACUUCCCUGGUCUUGUGCAUUUCAUCUACAUUGAUCGCACCACAGAUCAGGCUAUUGUGCCUAGCCUGAAUACCCAGGAUGACAAACUUCACCCAGGUGGCUUCGCAGCUGCGUUUGAAGGAAUGCCUGCAAUGCCAGCAGGAAACAACCCAGGAGGAAUUGUCAAAGAAAAGGUGUGGUGUAUGUGCCAAUUUGCCAGAUCUAUGCUGCGCAAAGGCUUCACCUCAGUUGCUAUACGGGACGGGGACUUCCUCUACUCAUACAUGCUGUGGUUUGAAGAUCAAGUGGGCAACAAUUUAUCGGCUCCUCGUACCCUCGGUUCUCUUGUUACCAACCGCUUGCCUGGCAUCCUAGCAGGGAACUUCUACAAGGACUUGGUGCGGCAAUGCUUUCCGGCAGCGCCCUCAGGCUCCAUACAUUGUUAUGAGCUGCUCUGCUUGCAUGUGGGAAUCGUGCCAAGUCAUUUUGUCGGUAAGCAGGCUCGUCGCCUGGCCUCUCAGCUCUGGGAUCAGUCUGGUGCUAACUCUCCGUUCAGUCUCAUCUAGCCAAGUUGGUCAACCUUUUCUGCAGACCUGACCUUGCUGAAACGUAACAAGGACUGGUGGUGUGUGUCUUGGACUGAUAAGGGCUGGGAAGUGUAGUGCGUUAGAUGCAGCUGGGUCUGCAUACGUCCAGCUGUGUCAUUUUAGUGGGCAUGCAUUUUGCGUGCGUGUGUGUGUGUGUGUGUGUGUGUGUGUGUGUGUGUGUGUGUGUGUAUGUGUGUGUGUGUGUGUGUGUGUUCGUGUGUGUAUCCCUUAACCUGUCUCGUUAGUCUGUCGUUGUGUACAAUCAUACUGGUAUCGGUAUGUUGUGCGGACACAAAUUGAUGCAUGUAGUCGAGAGCAGUGCUGGACAUCAGCUCUCUGUUGAAUACUGGCACUACUUGCCGCUAAUACAGUACAUAUUUUUGAAAGCAUGCCGUGUACGUAAUAGCUACUUGUUGUGGCUUGCACAUUCUGAAGAACAUAAAACACAGUAAGUACGACGAUAUUGUGCUACUCCAAAGAAGUAUUUUUUUUAUACGACGAAUGUUUCCCAUGGCCAUUACUUCAUACAGUCCAUACCUUUUUGAACAUAUAAAUACGUCAUUCUGCUGAUCCUCACCUGCACUGAAUCAGUCCACAUGUGUACACUUUUGAAGGAGCUUGUCAUAGUCUUCUCAUUACCUCAUGCAUCGUAUUUUUAUAUUUUUGUCUUCCACGCCCCGUUAUUCCUGGUGUUAGUGACCGUUGUGAAGUCCCUUGGGAACGCAGACGAAAGUGUUCUACUUUCUUUUAAAUGCAAUGCUGUCUAUUGUUUCCUGCACUCCCUUCCUUGGGUCAUUACCAUAUGCCACAUCUCUCCCUUUCUUACACUUGUACAGUGUGCAAUCCAUGGGACCAUUUGCAACUGUUCAUCUGCAGUCAUGUUAUUUCAUUUAUUUUUAUUUUUGUAAAUACUUGUACAAUGUAUGGGA